AGGUAUGUGAUGGGAAUGAUGACGAUUUCGCGUAGAACUAUGACGAAAAUGCGGCGGAGAUCAAACCGUACAACUCCUUAGAACAAUCUCAUGGUCUUCCACGAGCCUCGAUUUUGCAGUCGUUUGGCGUUGUUCGUACAAUAGAAGUUACCAGCCUCCCAGCGUCUGAGAGUCCAGUGUCUAGUUGCCACGUGGGGAGCGGCGACUUUGGCAAAGCAUCGCCAAGUGAGACAGAUACAUAGAUACCAUACAAUAUUAACAUCCCACGCUGCACUUCUCACUAAUGAGACAGAUCUUUCGCGUGAGGCCUUUCUUAAAGUAGUGAGUCACUUGUGCGGUGCAGUGUACCUAGUGCUACAGCAACAUGCGUUGUUUAUGUUAGCCUAGCUAAAUAUAGUGCGUGGCCGGACGCCGCGCCGCGCGCGCCUCUCCUAUCUGGCGAGCACUGAGCGCUUCCGGCGCUCGCCGCUACUAAUCGCUGCUCCGUCGCUCCGUCGCCCAGUCGCUCUGUGCACCCGCAGUGCGGACUAGAACAAACAAGACGACCGGCUGCUAGUGACCACUUGGUUUGCGUGCACAUCUCCCUGCGCAAGGCGCAUCUAACUUCUGUUUGAAGAAAUCAGCUGAAGUGGGUGUAAUGGCGGGUCCGGCGCGGCAGUGGCGCGCGUGCUGGCGGCGCUGGCGCGUGCUGGCGCUGGCGGCGGCGGCGCUGGGCGCGCUGCGCGUGCGCGUGCCGGCGCAGGUGGCGGCGACGCACCGCCUGCCCGCGCUGGCCCCCGCCGCGCUCGCGCACUCCCUCGCCGACUUCUCCAACCAGCCCGACAUUUCAUCUUGGUGGGUCGAAGAAGACCACAGCAACUACACGACGUGGCGUUACUCGGUAUCGUUCGAGUGCGGGACGUGGUGCCGGGGCCGCGGCGUGGUGGUGGCGGCGGACGAGCCGGCCGGCCGCGCGCCCCAGCACGGCCGCGCCGUGCGCUCCCACCACGUGUCGGUCGUGCGCCGCGACUGCUCAGCCUUGCCGCUGCUGCCCUGGCCGCAGCUUUGUGAUGAGGUCGAGGUGCGCGCCGUGGUGUCGGGAGCCAGCGAGGGCGACGGGUCGCAGCUGCAGUGGAUGGCGCGCGCGGGCUGCGGCGCGCUGGGCUGGGCCGCCGGCGCCUGCGCCCGCCGCCUGCAGCGCCACGCCCUCGCGCUGGAGCGCCUGCUCCGCGUCUGACCUCUACCACCUCUACGCUGCUCAUACUGUUACUGUUAUAAACACAACUCAUACGACACGCGGCAUUCGUAGGCUUAAACGAAAAAUAAAAACUAUGUUUAAGUACCUCUCUAUUACUUUUAGUUCAUAACCCAAUUGAAAAAAAAAACACUUUAUAUUCUUAGUUUUAUUCUUACUUUCAACCUACGGUGGAUCCAGCUUUGGUGCUAGUU